UUUAUAAGUAACUAUAAAAUGUUUAUGUCCGCAGCGAGAGAAACACCUAGUUUUCUAUUUUAUAUACAAAUCAUAUAAUUCCAUAUUAAUUUUAAUGUUGUUCUCAGAUUUUCCAACAUAUUUUUAUUUAUGUACAGAUGAAGAUUUGACACGUUAAGUUGACACGUUUUUAUUAAUGUUAGUCAACUAAGAUUAAUUUUGAAAUUUUGAAAAACACAGAAAUUUAUGUCAUACAAAAAUUCAACAAUGUGGCAGAAUUUCAGGUUUAUAUCAUCGAAAUUUUAGAUUUGUUAAGUUUUCAGUCUUCAAAAUGGGAAACGAAAGCUGUCAUAAUAAUUAAAUUUUGAAGUAAAUUUGGCAUAAUUAUUUUGGAAUAAUGGCGGGAGUUACUAAUUAGUAUGCAUUAUUUACGUCAUGGCAUUAAUAUUGAUCUUUUUCUUCCAUGCUUCUACAAACUACACCUCAUGGAUCGUUUAAUAUUGUACCACACAAGCUAGAAAUAAAUAUAUAAAACCGAACCACCCGUGACAUAAACUCAAUAUUACAACCAAAACAAAAAUGGCAGCAGAAGCCAAACCUCAAAUCGUCACCCACGUCAACAAACUCAAUUACUUCUCUAUCCUCCUCCUCCUCUCCUUCAACGUAGCAUCCGGCGCCGGAGGAACAUGGAAGCUUCUCUUAAACGAGGUCGGAAUCUCAGCAAUGCACUCACAACUCCUCAUCAACGACCGGGUCAUAAUGUACGAUCGUUCCAACUUCGGUCCUUCAAAAAUCUCUCUCCCUAGCGGAGCCUGCCGCGACAGCCCAAACGACGUCGUUUCCAAACGUGACUGCUCGGCGCACUCCAUCGAAUACGACGUCGCUUUUAACAGCAUCCGUCCUUUAACCAUUGAAUCAAACACAUGGUGCUCCUCAGGAGGAGUCACUCCCGAGGGAGCUCUCCUCCAGACGGGAGGAGACAAAGAAGGGGAACGUAAAGCUAGAAUGUUCUAUCCUUGCGACGACGAGUCAUGUGAUUGGACAGAAGUUGAUAACGCACUUAACGUAAGAAGAUGGUACGCUACGAAUCAUGUUCUUCCAGAUGGUCGUCAGAUCAUAGUAGGAGGUCGAAACCAGUUCAACUUCGAGUUCUUCCCUAAGACAAAAGCUCCAAGUCUCUACAAGUUACCGUUCUUGUCCGAAACCUACGAUGUGGGACAAGAAAACAAUCUCUACCCUUUCAUUUUCCUCAACAGCGACGGAAACUUAUUCAUAUUCGCUAACAACAAAGCCAUUUUGCUAGACUAUAAUAAGAACACUGUCGUGAAAACGUAUCCGAAGAUCCCUGGAGGCGAUCCGAGAAGCUAUCCGAGCACUGGUUCAGCUGUUCUUCUCCCCAUCAAGAACCUUGAAGCUGAGGUUGUCGAGAUGGAAGUUCUGGUGUGCGGCGGUGCACCGAAAAGAUCGUACCUCCUCGCUUUAUAUAAAAACACUUUUGUCAAAGCUCUUGACACGUGUGCAAGAAUCAAGAUCAAUGAUGAUAAACCUCAAUGGGUUCUCGAGAAGAUGCCUAGGUCGAGAGUAAUGGGAGAUAUGAUCCUUUUACCUAACGGACAUGUUCUGUUAAUUAACGGUGGCUCAUCAGGCUCUGCUGGUUGGGAGCUAGGUCGUGAACCGGUUUUGAACCCUGACCUUUAUCAUCCCAAUAAACUGGUCGGUUCGAGAUUCCAAGUUCAGAAUCCUAGUACUAUACCAAGAAUGUACCAUUCAACCGCCGGUUUGCUCCGUGACGGUAGAGUUCUUGUCGGAGGAAGCAACCCACAUCAGUUUUAUAAUUUCACCGACGUUCUUUUCCCGACGGAGCUUAGGCUAGAAGCUUUCUCUCCGUCGUAUUUGGAAUCUCAGUAUUGGAGUAUACGUCCGAGGAUUAUUAGUCUUUUAUCACACUCUACCGUUAACUACGGUGGAAUCUUGAGGCUGAGGUUUAUGGUGUUCGGUAUAGGAGGAGUGCGAAGUCCGGUUAAGGUGACGAUGGUGUUUCCUUCGUUUACUUCUCAUUCCUUCUCGAUGAGUCAGAGACUUUUGGUUCUUGAUCAUGUUGAGUUAGUGAGGAUAGGAGUGUGGACUUAUGAGGUUAGGGUUAAGGCACCAAGAUAUAAGAACAUUGCACCACCUGGUUAUUACAUGGCUUUUGUUGUGAACCAAGAUAUACCGAGUGAAGGUAUUUGGGUAAGGUUGCAGUGAAUGUGUUUGUCAAUGUUAUUAUAGUUUGUUCUACGUGUGUGGUAAUUUUUUAUUUUAAAAAAUCUGUUGAAUUCUUUUUGAUUUGAGUGAUCAAAAUUUAUUUCGCGGGAAUGUAUGUAAUAAGAUUGUUGUUUGGAUACAAUUACAUGAAUGGGAUUCUUUCGUCUCUGAGUU